AUGGACAUAUUGAUUAUUGUUUGGAUUGUUUAUGGUGUAAUUUCGGUAUUGCUCAUGUUAUGUUUUAUCGUGGUUUUUGGCGCGAAUAAGAGAUUUGAUAAUUCGUUUUAUCGUGUGGUGCAGUGCGAUCAAAUCAUGGUAAGAUUUAUAGAAAAUUGUAGAUCAAACAAUUUUACGACCGAGAUAUGUAGAGGCAUUUGAUAUCACCCCACAAACUUUCAUACAGAACCUCUGCUGCUACCUCAAUUCCUGGAUCCAUCGUCUCGCUCAACGUCCACAAACUGGCUACCUCCUUCAAAAUUUCCCACCAAUCAUUUUCACCAUCACCGCCUACACAACCUUCUUUUUCUUCCAAACCCAAAGCGCCAGUAUUAUUCUACUCUGUUUCUACCGUUACAGUCUUCUGAAAUUUGAAAAUGCCAACAAGUUCUGGAAAAAAUGGUGUAUUUUGGUGUACUUCGGGGUGAUUUUAUUAUACUCCAUAGUUUUAAUGCUACCAAUUUUUGCUGCAUUUCACCCGCUGGUUUAUGAUGGAGCAGUGGGAUUUUUCGUCGAUGCACCGGAAUUCGCGGAGUAUCGUUAUACCUACGGUGCAUAUUUGUGGUUUUGCUGUGUGACAUAUUUCAUAAUUAUCAUAACUCUGGGUUUGCGCACAGUUUUCGAGCUGCGCAAACGAUUUGCACAACAUCAGAAUGACUCCAGAACUCGGGAUGUGCUUAUGAGAAUUACGAUAAUUGUGGCAAUUAAUACUGUGGUUUAUAUGUUGAUUAUUUGGUGGAUGCUUACUAUUGGCAUUUUUGUGCCGGAUAUUGAUCGGGUUUUGCAGAAUGAAUUGGUGAUGACAGUUUCGGAUACGGUGGGUUUUGUUUGGUUUUCUCUAUAGCCUUCUCUAAUCGUCUAGUUGUCUAGAACCUCUCCAAAUAUCUUUAUAAUUUAUUAAUUAUAUAUAUAUAUAUAUAUUUCAGCUCAGCUUCAGUAUGCCCUACACUCUACUUUUAUGCGAUAAAAAAGUGCAAGAAAUGAUAUCGCAAAAAAUUCCGAUAUUCUACAGGAAUCCUAGUAGCGUUGUUGCACCAAUCUCAUAA